AUGUACUUGGCUGUCUUCCACGAGUUUGCCCACCCGGAGGUACUGGAGAAGGUUAAGUCGGAGGGUAUCUGCGACGUGGAUGUGGCUCCAGAGCCUAACAAGCUGGCCGUCUCGGAGGAGGAGCAGCAGGUAGUGCGCUGCAACGCGAAGCUGAUCACCGUAAAGCACAACAUUACUGGGAUCCGUGACGCCUUUGAUGGCAUGACGGACGGGGAGCUGGAGAAGAACGAUAGUCAAGUAGACCAGAAGCUGCAGCAGCUUGUCGCGCUCGGCUUUCAGGUUGUGGAGCGCCACCCAAAGACGUCGGCUGGUCGCCCAAUGCUGGACCGCGUGAUCCUGUCGUACCCGGUUUAG